UCAUGCGCAAACACUGAAGAAAUCUAAGGCAUACCUUUUCACUACAACGACGAGGUAUGACAAAUUGACGAUGACCACAACCCCCACAGCCCCACACCAACCGCAAACAGCAGAUAAGUUUUGGUGUAAUAUUCUCGCCCCUUCUACCCACUUUCUUCUCUUACCCGUAAAAUACACUCGCCAUUGUCCAUCUCCCAUCAUCAAAAACCUUCUUACUUUCUUAUAGCGCGUGCUUUAAUCUCUCCAAUCCCUGGCUAAAGGAUUCUUUUGUUUGGUACUGCUCCAAAAAGCCCUAAAAUCUUUAUCACCAGUCACCACUGACCACACUACUUUCAGUAGCUGCAGAAAAGCAAGCUUUUUUUUGAGAGAGAAAGGUUCAAUCGAGAGAGUGAACAAUGGCUUUUGUCUCAACCUCAGUAACUUCGCAAAUGAGUAACCAUAACUCGCUUAUGUCGACUCAGUUUUCUGGUCUUCGACGAUCGUUUUCGAAGUUUCAAACGUCCGUUUCUACUCAUUCGCUAUUUCAGCAGGUUAAUUCUCAGUUGCGUAUGGUUUCUCCUCGUCGUGGUUCUAGAGGUGUUGUUGCCAUGGCUGGCUCUGGAAAGUUCUUUGUUGGCGGUAAUUGGAAGUGUAAUGGGACCAAAGAAUCUAUAAGUAAACUUGUUUCGGACUUGAACAGUGCAACAUUGGAGCCAGAUGUUGACAUUGUUGUGGCGCCUCCCUUUGUUUACAUUGAUCAAGUUAAGAGUUCUUUGACCAAUCGCAUUGAAAUAUCAGCUCAGAAUUGUUGGAUUGGGAAAGGUGGGGCUUUUACUGGAGAAAUCAGUGCUGAGCAACUGAAGGAUCUUGGCAUCCAGUGGGUUGUUCUUGGACAUUCUGAGAGAAGACACAUUAUUGGGGAAACUGAUGAGUUUAUAGCGAAAAAGGCUGCAUAUGCUCAGGGCCAAGGUCUAGGAGUGAUAGCAUGUAUUGGGGAGCUGUUAGAAGAAAGAGAAGCGGGGAAAACUUUUGAUGUAUGCUACCAGCAAUUGAAGGCUUUUGCAGAUGCCUUGCCAAGCUGGGAUAAUGUUGUCAUUGCGUAUGAACCUGUAUGGGCUAUUGGUACUGGUAAAGUAGCUACCCCGGACCAGGCUCAGGAAGUGCAUGUUGCUGUUCGUGAUUGGCUUAAAAAGAAUGCUUCAGAAGAAGUUGCUUCUAAGACACGCAUUAUAUAUGGAGGGUCUGUCAAUGGAGGCAAUUGUGCUGAGCUUGCAAAAAAAGAAGAUAUUGAUGGCUUCCUUGUGGGGGGCGCUUCUUUGAAGGGUCCUGAGUUUGCCACCAUUGUAAAUUCGGUAACAGCAAAGAAAGUUGCUGCCUAAUCAUUCUGGUGAAUUUCGCUGCAACGGCUAUAAGGGGUACUUGAUUGUUACUUGAUUGUUACUGCAAUGUCUUCUACCAAUAAACCUUUCCCUUUGUAUUCAUUAGCGGAUGUAUGUUAGGGCCUAAGAGUUUACGUACACCUAGGCAAUUUAUUUUUUUUAAAAAAAUUAUAGUAGACUUUUCUAUUGGUAAGAGUAAAGUGUAAAAUUAAUAUUGAAGUCUUUUGAUGAUAAAUACUCCCUUAUUUUAGUAAUUUUUUCUUUUUAUUUA